AUGUCUCAAGUGGCUGCAGCCGGGGUUGACCUUUACGAGGUCCUAGAAGUUCACCAGGGCGCCAGCAAGGAUGACAUUCGCAAGGCCUACCGCAAGGCGGCCUUGACCAACCACCCUGAUAAAGUCCCCGAAGAUGAGCGGGAAGAAGCCUCGAUCAGAUUUAAGGCUGUGCAGGAGGCCUACGACAUCCUCUAUGACGAUGACAAGCGACACCUUUACGACACACAUGGUAUGGGUGCCUUCAACGGCUCUGGUGAGCCAGGAAUGGCAGGAGCCCCCGACCUGGAUGAUCUGCUAGCACAAAUGUUCGGCGGUGGCAUGGGUGGCAUGGGCGGCAUGCCCGGUAUGGGAGGAAUGCCCGGCGGCGGUCGUCCACCCAAACCGCGCCGAAGCCCCGAUGAAGAACAAGAUUAUGAAGUCAGCCUUGAGGAUCUGUACAAGGGAAAGACCGUCAAGUUUUCCAGCGUCAAGAACGUCAUUUGCGGACUUUGCAAGGGCAAGGGUGGCAAGGAGAAGGCUACCGCCAAGAAGUGCUCGACUUGCGAUGGUCAAGGCCACAAGGAGGUCUUGCAGCGUAUGGGCCAAUUUUUGACCCAGCAGUCGGUUGCUUGUACCACAUGUAACGGACAAGGCUCAUACUUCUCCCCGAAGGAUAAGUGCAAGAAGUGCAAGGGCAACAGGACAACCGAGGAGAAGAAACUACUAGAGAUCUACAUCCCCCGCGGCGCCAGAUCAGGAGACAAGAUUGUGCUGGAAGGCGAGGCGGACCAAUUGCCCGAUCAAGAACCUGGUGACAUUGUUUUCAGAAUCAUUGAGGAAGAGCACCCCGUAUUUGCGCGCGCUGGAUCCGACCUCCAGGCAACUAUUGAAGUCACCCUCGCAGAAUCUCUCAGCGGAUUCUCGCGCGUCGUGCUCAAGCACCUUGACAACCGCGGUAUUGAGCUCAAGCACCCAAUCACCCCCGGCGCUAUUCUCUCACCCGGGCAAGUCCUAAAGGUUCCCGGUGAGGGCAUGCCAAUGAAGCGCACUGAUGCUCGUGGUGACCUCUACCUGGUUGUCGAUGUAAAGUUCCCCGACAGCAACUGGAAGCCUACCCCGGCGAUGCUGGAAAAGCUCCAGGAAAUUCUCCCAAAGCCCGAACCCCCUAUCGUGGCUGACACCGUAGACGAGGUUACAUACGGUCCGGGUCAAAUUGAAGACUUUGGUGCGCAGGAUGGCCAAGGCGCCUCCGCGUGGGAGGACGAGGAAGAUGAUGAACCGGCGCAGUGCGCAGCUCAGUAG